UCGCAGCCCGGGAGUGGGUUGUCAGGGCUCAGUGCUCACCAUUGCCCUUCAGGGAGGGAGCCUUGGCCGGAGCCCAGUGCGGCGCGGAGUCCGCAGGAGCGCCCAGGGCCUGGGCACGCGGGGUCGGGGAGGCUCCUGACGGGAUUAUGGGAGAGCGCGUCCCGCCCCACUCGGAUUCGGGACCCUGGGAGUUCUCGAGCCGCAUCCGGCACCUUUAGUGAGCAGUCUGUCUCUCUCAAUCCAUCCCGUCCUUCCCAGGGCCGGAAUCCACUCCAGAAGCUGAACAGCCAUGACAUUUGCCGAAGAGAAGACCUAUAAGUAUAUCCGCGACAACCACAGCAAGUUUUGCUGUGUUGACGUUUUGGAAAUCCUGCCUUACCUGUCCUGCCUCACACCCAGUGACCAGGAUCAACUGAGGGCUUCCUACAAGCAACUAGGGAACCGGGACACACUCUGGGACCUCUUCCAUAAGCUCCAGCGUCGGGUUGGCUGGGUAGAGGUCUUCAUCCGGGCCCUGAGAAUCUGUGAGCUGCCUGGGCUGGCUGAGCAAGUGACUCGGGUGUAUCGGAGCUACCUGCCUCCUGGGACUUCACUCCGCUCCCUAGCACCACUGGAGUCACCAGCAAUUCCUGCCACAGCUCCAGGACCUUCUGCCUAUGCUCCAGGCCACAGCAUCCCCGACAAUGGCUACCAAGAGAAACCAGGCUACCCAAGGCCUGUCCAGGACACCCAGCCACCAAGGUCUGGAGAGAAUUCAGAGCAAGUCCCACAGGCCAGCUUUGGGACUGGUGACUCCUUGAUGCCCUCACCUAACCUACAAGCUCUUAGUCCUCAGCCCUCCAGAGAGCAUCAUGGUCAAGAACCAGAACGGGGUGGCACGUCCACAGCAAGUGUUGACUCCAUUCCCACACUGCAGCAUGGACCUGUGUCUCCCACUGUCUCCUUCCAGCCCCUUCCACGUACUACCCGUAGGACAAGCCACGUGCUAGGGGCCACGGGAUCUGUUCCAUCUCCUGAUGCCUCCUUGUCUCCCUCUUCCACUGAAUUGGCUUAUGCAAAGGGAGCUGGUGACCAGGCCAAGGCUGCCACCUGUCUCAGCACUGAUGGGGGAGUACUCACCAAUUCUAUAACUACCAGCUCAGUGCCUUCCUCUACCAAAUUGGUAUCAACAACUACCGUAUCUUCCAAAGUGUCCUCCAAGUUGCCCAUCAGUCCAAAGCCCACUGCUGCAAUGCCCUCUUCUGUGCUCACCAAUACAGCACCAUCAAAGUUACCCAUCAACUCAGCAUAUGCUGGCGCAAUGCCAUCCAAAGUGCCUGCUAGUGUGGCCAAAGCACCUGCCAACAUAAUGCCACCUAACAGAAGCAGCAACAAAGCCAAGGAGACCCUAGAGCCUCCAGCAACCACAGUCACCACUAGAGGCAACCAGCCCGGGCCAGAUGGCAGUUUCAGGAGCUUGCACUCCACGACUGAGAUGAGCAAACCAGGUGUGCUGGUGUCCCGGGUGGAGGAGCCAUUCUCAGGCUGCUCUGCGGACCUUGCCAUCAGCUCCAGCAGCUCCUUCGGCUCAGGAGCUAGUCGUGGUCCGGAGGAGAAUGAGUAUUCGUCCUUUAGGAUCCAGGUGGACGAGAGCCCCAGUGCUGACCUCCUGGAAGGAAGCCCUGGGCCACUGGCCACCCAGAAGCCCCCAGAAGAGAAAGAAGAACUUUGUGUCAGUUCAGUAUCCUGGCCUAAGUGGCUCGGGGCAACCAGUGCACUCUUGGCCGCAUUCCUGGCAGUGAUGCUGUACCGUAGUAGGCGCCUGGCCCAGUGAGGCCUCAGCCGUGUGUCACUCACUUGCUCAGUUCCGUCAAGCAUGUUCUCUAGGCUCGGGCUGGUGGAGGCUGAGUUAGGGGAACUUAGAGAUGGUGAUUCCUUCAAGCGCUCCAUCCUCUGGGGUAGGGGAGAGACUCUUUCCAUCCUAGUUCAUGCCAUCUUUUGGUCUUUAGGUGUUUGAGGCACUGGGUUAGCUCCACCACUUCUGACCUGGCCACAUGACAGUUUAGGAUUUCAUGCUAUGUUCUUCUAAGCAGGUGUCCCCGUCAGCCUCAUCCCUCUUGGCCCAAGCCUGAAGAUCAGGAGGUGUCACUCUCUGUUGGCAGUGCCCCUCAUCCUUUCCAGGUUCCAUGAAACACAAGCACAGGUGUAUUGGUGAGAGCUCCCACAACAUCUUGUGCUUUUCACCAGCAGUCGGGCCUGAGGCCUUGGCACUAGAGCCUGGGAGUAGCAGAGUGACUGGUCUCUAGGGAGCUUUGAAUCCUCUCUCUCCCCCUCCACAGGCAGGCUACCCUAAGGGAAGGUCAGACGGUUCCCUAUGGACUCCAAGAAGGCCAGAAGCAGUUGCCAGGCCUGAGGAAGACCCUGGGAGCCUUACCCCCCCUCUUCACUUUCCCCCUCCUGGUCUCCAUUCUCUUUGGCUUUCUACACUGGAUGAUGGAACACCUAGUGGGCGGAGCUUGGCUGGGCUUGGAUUUCAGUUCCAUUCUUUCUCUGGCAUUACCUGAUCGAUGUUUGGCUUCUCUAGUCUUUUUCCCAGGGUAGACAGUGAGCAGCUCUUGCUUUUACUGGGCUCUUCUGAGACUGGAGGAUGUAGAUAUUUACAUAAUGCCUAGCCCAGGGGGUGUGACCACCAAGUACUUACCCUCCUGCCCAGCAUGGUCGAACUAAGGUGAGCCUGAGAGGCAGAGGUCAGGUUUGUAAUGGCACAGUCUUUGUCUUUAAGAGGACAGCCUUGGCCUACAUAGUGCUUCCGUGUCUCUCUGGCCCUGAGAUCUCUGACAAGGUAUAAACCUCUGUGCCUUACUUUUCCCAUGUGUGAAAUGGGGCAAAUAUGCAUACAUAUGUGCUAAUAUGUUCUAAUUUUAUCAAGAUAAAUUAAAAAAGUUUAUCUGUGCAA